AUGAUGCCCCGAGAAAAUUUUAUCGACCUCACGGGCGACAGGCUGAGCGAUACCGACAGCUCGCGCAAGCACGAUCGGAAUGAUCAAGAUACUCAUGUCGAAGGCCCGAGCAAGCGCCCCAAGACGGAGAGGGUCAGCGAGCCUCCGAUGUGUAAGGAUGAAAACAUGCCCCCAAAGGCGAAGCGUAAGAGAAAGAGAGAGAGGGUUAACCAUCGCAAAGCCUCCCGCACCAGCAAUUAUCAUCAGCUGAAGGAGGACGUUUGUACUCUCAAGCAAGAGUUGAAGGAUGCCCAGCGAAAGCACUUCGACAUCCAGCAAGAGCUGGAAGACUUGAAGCAGGAGUCAUCUGAUAACAUUCGCGAUCUCAAGCGCUCGUUGGAGAAAUCUAGGGAAGCACAUUACGGCACAAAGGCAGAUCUUGCGUCCACAAAGGAACAGCUCAAAGAACAAGAUGGACGCCUUCAAUCAAUCAUUUCCGAUUUGGAGCACGCCAAUGAAUUGGAGAAGCUACAGCGUGAAGAGGUGCGAAAGCAACAGCUGACCAUCAAGGCGGAACGCGAGGAAAUUCAGCAGUUGAAGGCUCAGGUGAACGACACUGACAAUGACCUUCACGCAUUGCGUCAGUCAUGCCAAGAAAAGGAUGACGAGUUGAACAUCAAAGCCGAGCGCAUCGCUGCUUUAGAGAAGAAUCUCGAUGACAGCAAAGCCCAAAGUGCAGGGCUCGAGAAUGCUGUCGGCGAGACAAGCGCUGCACUCAAGACUGCACUGUCGAAUCAGGACGAAUAUCGGAAUGAGCUUGUAAAGAAAUCGGAGAAAUUGAGAUCAACGGAACAGAAGCUGGACGAGGCCAACACAGCCCGUGAGCAGGCUGGGAAGGAAGCAGAAGCAUUACACCUUGUCAAUGAUGCAAACGGCCACCGGAUGCAUGGUGCUCUGGCAAGAGAGGAGAGGACUAAAGCUACGCUUAAGUUGGUGCGGUCAGAGAAGGCUGCGUUAGAGCGUCGUUGUAAUGACCUGAGCCAGACGGUCGAAAAACUCCAGCAAAAGCUAAUAGCAUCUCGCAAUCAGAGCCAGCGAUACAACUACAAAGAGCCAGAUGAAAAGAUCAAAGAGGAUUUCGCUUCUUUGGAGGCUAGGAUUCGUCAGUUCGUCGAUGGCUGCGCGAGGCCAGUCCUCGCUGCUACGGAUCAGGACCUGAAGACUCUCUGGCCCAACUGGUCGCCCGGACUACAAGACUUCUUGGCAUCACCGUUUCUCUGCAACCUCGUCUUCGAAGCAUAUGUGUGGGACUACCUGCACACGAGGAUCUUCUCUCCGGGAUCAGAAAUCUGGACUGGCGAGUUGGGCCAGUCUCUAGAAAAGACCAUUCGCUUAGCGGGUAAUGAAGUUCAAGAAGUAGGGUACAAACACGACCUGUACAUUGACUUCCAACACUUUCGAUCAAGUUCGAGCAGCCUCAUCCACCGCAUAAACGGCGACAACUUUCUACCCAAGUACUUCGACUCAGACGUUCAAACCGUGAUCUCGACUCUGUCAAAGCUCUGCGGUUGCGACAUCACUGGCACCAUGAAGGACGAUGCAAUGGUGAUUUUCAAGGAGGCCCGAGAGUUGGAGAUCCAGCUCCGAAUCCUGAAACCUGUCUACGGCUUCCGCUGGUGCAAGCAUGUUUUGGACAUAUCUGGGCAAAAACAGAGGCUCAAGCAUGGAUUCGCAUUUUCUGAUGAGAUCAUGGUCGAUCAUUCCCCCAAGCGCAGCGGCAAGAGUCCUCCACAUGAUCUGUCCGUAGAUUUCAUCACGUGUCCUGGGAUGUACAAGCGAGGCAACAACAGCGGCGCAAAGUAUGACAUGAAGACAUGCUUGAUCAAGAUGGGCGUCGUGUGCAAUGCAGAAGAACUGAUCCGGAAGCCAACUAUUUCCACUCCGUCACGAGCGAUCUCUACUCAGUCGAACGAAGCCAAGACAGGGGGUGAAUGCAACGCCUCAGUCCCCGCAGCCAGAAGAGCGAAGGAAGCACAAUCUACACCGAACUCUGUUAAGUACGAAGAAGAAGAGGACGAGCUGGAUCACAGUGCCACAACUUCCCAACCAAGAAUGGUAUUGAACGUGAAGACUCGUAGCCAUGGACUGCCAAAGGCCAACAACAAUGCUACUGGCGGCAAGUCCAGCACACCAUCAACUCCAAAUACCCGCGGCUCCAAGGCUCGGGGAGCGAAAAGCAGCAAAGACAAUGAUCCGGAUGCGGAUUUCAAUCCUGCACGCGCCUAG